AUGAUCAACGACACUCUUGCGUGUGGUGAAUUGAACACAAAUGACUCUGAGCUGCUGCCGCUUCUUUCUCUGAACCACAACCACAGUGAGUUCCCAGCUCUCCGCUUGGAACCCAAAUCUCUGGCUACUUCAGCCACUAUGUUUGCUGUGGGAGUCUUGGGAAACCUCACCGCCAUAGUUGUGUUGUGCACCUCCAAAAAAGAGCAGAAGGAGACCACUUUCUACACUCUAGUCUGCGGGAUGGCCAUCACAGACCUGUUGGGCACCUGUUUCACCAGCCCAGUGGUGAUCGCCACCUAUGUAGCAAACCGCUGGCCAGGAGGGACCCUGCUGUGCCACUUCUUCUCCUUCUCCAUGCUCUUCUUCGGCUCCGCUGGGAUGUCCAUUCUGUGCGCCAUGUCCGUGGAGCGCUACCUGGCCAUAAACCGUGCGUAUUUCUACUCUCGGUACAUAGACCGGACCACUGCGCGCUUGGCCCUCCUGGUCAUCUAUCUGUUCAACAUAGUGCUGUGCAUCAUGCCCAGUUUUGGCUUCGGACAACACAUCAGACACUUCCCCGGGACUUGGUGCUACUUGGACUGGAGGGCUAAGGACACCAUCGGAGCCGGUUACUCCUAUCUGUACGGUGGGGUGAUGCUGCUUCUGAUUUCCGUGACGGUGCUGUGUAAUCUGGCCGUGUGCCGGACCCUGGUGGGCAUGAACCAAAGGACGGGGAUAGUCAGGACGGAGCUGUGUGAGCACGGAAGCUCACGUCGCCGCUUUCCUCGGCUGCCCUCAGUCACCUCUGCUGCGGAGAUCCAAAUGUUCUGGCUUCUGAUCUUUAUGACCAUCGUUUUUCUGAUCUGCUCCAUCCCUUUAGUGGUGCGACUCUUUGUGAACCAGCUCUACGGCCCCACAUCUAUUUCUGCUGGACUUAAACCUGACUAUAAGAGCGACCUGAUGGCGAUCCGCUUCGCAUCCUUCAACCCCAUAUUAGACCCGUGGGUGUACAUUUUGUGUCGGAAGAACCUGCUCCUGAAGGGCUGCAACAGGCUGAAGAGCACAGUGUCCAGGCUUAAAGGCAGUGGGACCGACAACAACGGCUGGGUGGGGGGUCAACACUCCCCCCCUUCUCUGAACAGCAACGACACCAGUUACGCGUCAAUACGCACGGCCAGCUACAGGAACGGAAUGGAACAGGUGUCGGUUAAGAGGGACACGUUUACAGACUUCGCCAACAGACAGGCGUGGGAAUAUGACACGGCCAGGGUUAACUUCCACCCGUUCAGCGUUCAGCCCACGGCGAUCCUCGGGAGUGAGGAGGAAGAGGAGGAGGCGGUUGGAUCUAAACACGCACUGGAGGUGAAGAAGUCUCCAGGACGCAGCGCAACGCCGCUCCUCAUGGCCAACGUCAUCAGAGGGGACGUAGUGACCUGUACGUUCAGCACACCGAGCUCCUGUCAGUCAUCCAAAUGCCUCUGA